CAAAACGCAACCAGAGAGUGAGAAGCAGAAGCAGAAGAACCGGAGAGCAGUGAACAGUGAGACAUACAAGGAGGAGCUACCUACCUAUAAGAGACACGCUCUUAAAUAAGACGGACAGGUUAUACUUACAGUCCAGUGAAUCGAGAGAGUUUUGCAGCGGAGCGUCCAGACAGAGAAUUACGCACAAGCGCGCCGUUCCGUUCCAAGGUGAACCAACUUUUACGCACGGACUAGAUUGGAGAUGUGAGGAGAAUGCUGCAUUAGUGAUAUAUUCUACUACGACUCCUGGAGUAAAGUGGAUGCAUGGAGCACUUUGACACAUGUUGAUGAAUUAUUAUUAUAAUAUUUUUUUUUAAAAUCACACAUUUGGAGACAUUCUUGGAGUGUAUUACCAGAGGCUUAUUGGGACGCUGCAGACUUGCGAUAAUUGCAUGGCUGUAUUCUGCAUUACGCACCUGUCCCACCGUUGACGUCUCUCCUAUUGAGAGAGUUUCUUUCCUGGACACAGUCAGACGUCUAGCCUGCGCAGUGAGUCACCAGUGAGCAAACACUCGGACAAGACGCGCUUAAAGGCGGUGACACAUUUGGGGAUAUUUCACAGUGCGUUGACUCGCACGACGACACCGGGACGAGGCUCUCGGUGCAGCCGGAGGGGGGGAUUGGACACCGAGCUGCUCAAUGCCCAGCCGGUCGCUUGCGGCUCCUCAGGCUGGGCGGCAACAUGAGGUCCUGGGUCCUUCUGCUGCUGCUGGCUGCUCUCUCUGCAGCUCGUCUGAGGCUCGGCAGCGCUGAGGGUGAUCCUCUGCCUUCGUCGCUGGUCGACCUGGUGAGGAACUCUCCCAUCUCCUCUGUGGACGACCUGAAGCUACUGCUGCAGCUGGAGACCAACGCAAUAGAAGAGGAAGAAGACGAGCAUGAUAUUCUCACAAACCACACCCGUGGCCGAUACACUAGAAGUCUUGUGGAGGCGCAGCCAGCCCAGCAGGCGGCGUGUAAAAUUCGGACGGAGGUGAUGGAGGUGACGAGGUCCAUGCUGGACCGCAGCAACGCCAACUUCAUGUUGUGGCCGCCCUGCGUGGAGGUGCAGCGAUGUUCGGGCUGCUGCAACACCAGGGUGCUGCAGUGUGUCCCCACCGUCACCUCCAGCAGAUACCUGCAGGUGAUAAAGAUCCAGUACAUCAACAGGAAAGCCCACUACGACAAAGCCAUCAUCUCAGUGGAUGACCACGUCAGCUGCAGGUGCCAGCCUCCCUCUUCUUCCUCCUCGUCUGUUCCAAUCCCUCGCUCCCCCAUUCAGAGCAACCCCAACCCACCUCCUCCACCACCUCAGCAGCCACCCCCAUCCUCCCACCUUCCCCUGCCCCUCCCCCGGGCCGUCCAUCCAGCUCCGCCAAAGACUCACGCUUCCAAGGCCGACCUCCAUCGCCACGACGACCUGAAGCACAACCAGCAGCGCUACCACCCCGAGGAGCGUGAGCCGGUGGCGAGGCAGUGGCAGCAGGGCAGCUACACCCAGCUGGUGCACUGGACGCAGCCCAGGGUGCACCAGCCGAUCGCCGGGGUGCUUGGGCCAGUCAGCGGCUGGCCGUCUGAAGCGAGGGCGGAGCAUAGCGUCAUGGGAGGUACACCGCAGGUCGGGCACGGGAGCGGGAAUGACGGGAGCAGGGAGGAGAGCGGCGUGCAUGUAGCAAACAGCGGUGGGGAAGUGCAACAUCCUGAUCACAUGCAGAGGCAGCAGCAGUUGCUGCAGCAUCAGCAAAGACAGCAGUUUCAGCAGCAGUAUCAGUUUCAUCAUCAACCGCGUUAUCCACAGCAGGACCAAGAGCUGAGGACACAACAUCUGCUCAACACUCCCCAAUCAGACAGCGCCUCUCUGCCUGACAGCCCAACCCAGCCAAACCCCACCCCUCCUAUGAGCACCCAUCAGAAAGACUCAGUGACCAGCCAAAAAAUCACAGAGGUCACAAAACACACACAGACUGAGACUGUAACAACCAGUCAGAAAGAAGGGACCGGGAGGGAGGAGAGUGGGUCGGCUAUUAGCGGGGACUCGGCCGGGGCAGAGCUGGCCAAUCAGAGGAAGGAAAAAGACUCAGAACUGACCAGCGGGGUCAGUCAUUUAACGGAGGAGGAGAGGAGACAGAAAGCUCUGGAGAUGAUACAGAGGGAGACUCAUCUUCAUCCACAUCAUCCUCAGCAGAGACCAAAGCCGACCACAUUUAAAACAGCCCUCUCUACUGCGGCUCCCAUCUCGCCCGCGGCCCGCCUGGCCCCGUUCCGUCCAGCUUCGCCUCGCCGCAGGAGGAAACACCGCAAACGCAUCAGCAAAGCAGCCAUCAGAGCCAUGAUCAUGUAGAGCUGCAGGAAAUGGUAAAGCUAACCAAAAGCCAGACAAAUUGCACCAAAGGAAUACGGAGAGACGAGAAACGUGGGACUCCUGAAUGUGGGAUGAUUGACGCUGUGGACGGACACUAACGUUGACGGACAGACAGUGCCACUGGCCUCAACGGACAGCUUCAGAGGAAGUCACCUGUCCUGCUCCAGAGCUGCCCGCAGAGCGUCCAGCUUCAUGGAUAAAAUAAAAGUGCAAUCUUAUAAACUCUUUGGGACGGAGGAUAUUUGUCACACUAAGACACUGGAUUUGAUUUGUAGGAACAACAAAUCGAGGGAAGCUUGUCAGACGCUAGACUGGUGGUCUCUUCCUGCAGUUGGCAGCCAUUGAUUGGUUGCGUACACACUUGUGACUCCUAGCUGAACUACUGAUUGGUCCACGAAUGGAGAACUUGACUGUGACUUGGGUUAAGAAGUCAUUAUUGGGGGGCUAAAUGUGGAGAACUGGAUUUCUACACUGGGAUGAUAACUGGAAACCGGAGAGUGCAGCUCAGGCCUCAAUGCCAAACAUUACUGUUAUCCUACAAUGUCUGAAUCUAACUGUAUCUAACACUGGAGUAGCCAUACACUGAUCAUACUACGUGCUCUACCGUGUACUGUAGCUUCAUGUAACUGGAACAUAUUGAUAACCUGCUCAUUUUGUACUACUGCCAGAUCAAAAUGGAAUAACAACCAAAUGCCUGCCUAGAUAAAAUGCUAUGAAUAUCCACAUUAAAGCAAGUCUUAAAGACCUGGCUGUUAGAGAUCGCUGUGAGCCAGUUAUAGCCAACACUGUAUGUAGAAAUGCUUUUAGAAAAUUAUUUCUGGGGGGGGGGGAGAAAACUUUAUUUCUUAACUUAUUUAAAAAAAAGGAGGAUAUGAAAUCCUCCAGUUCUCAAGUGUAAUUAUUGUUGCAGAUUAUAAUUAUUGGUUGUACAACUGUUACUGUUAUGAAUGUUAUUUUUAAUAAAAAAUAAAAAUGUUCAACG